AUGGAAUCGAAUCUCAAUUCAAAUAAUAAACGUUCAGCUAAUGAUGGAAAUGAUGAUAAUCAAGACAACAAUAAUAAUGUUAAACGAACACGAUCGAAUAAAGUUGAUUUAAGAUUUUUAUUGGCUUCACGUGAUGCCGGUGCAGUCAUUGGUCGACAAGGAAAAAAUAUUCAAAUGUUAAGGUCUAAAUAUAAAACAAUCAUUCAAGUUCCGGAUCAAGAUGGACCCGAACGUAUUUUAACAAUAGCUGGUGAACUUGAACCAUGCCUUGAUUGUCUUACAGAUGCAUUAGUAACCAUGGCUGAGAACCAAAAGUUACGCCAAGAUGCAAGUGAACUACGUGCUCUUGUUCAUACAUCACAAGCAGGUGCUGUUAUUGGAAAAGGAGGUGAACGCGUCAAAGAAUUAAGAGCUCAACAUGGACUUGAAGUGAAAGUAUUUACUGAAACGUGUCCAAAUUCAACUGAUCGUGUUAUUCUAUGUCGGGGUGAACAACGAGCUAUACUAAGUUGUCUUCGUGACAUUUUCACACAAAUUGAAAAAAUUCCACCACGAGGUCCUAUUCGUCCGUACGAUCCAUCAUGUUAUGUUGAACAUCAAAUUCAAGGAUACGGUGGCUUUGCACAUGAUGAUAGUAGCGUAUAUGGUGAUCGACGAGUUCGCAAUAGCGGUCCUCGGGGAUAUAAUAAUUAUGACAACUGGGAUAUGAAUAAUAUGCGCGGCGGAGGCGGAGGUGGUGGUAGUGGUGGUGGUAUGUAUCAUGAUGAUUUCUGUGGUCCACCAAAUCAAAACUUCUAUCCACCACCGCCUCCACCCCCACCACCACAAUCUAUGAUGUCUGGCGGUAGUGGUCAAGCUCAAAUGCGUCCCUUGAUUGAUUCAUAUGGGCAAGCACCUGCCACUCAAACACAACAAGUUACUAUUCCACAUGACCUUGCUGGAGCUAUAAUUGGUCCGCGUGGUACACGUAUUUCCCAGAUUCGUCAACAAUCAGGUGCAUCAAUCAAAAUCGAUGAUCCGUUGCCAGGAACAAAUGAUCGAAUUAUAACUAUUGUUGGCACUCCAAAUCAAAUAUCGCAAGCUCAACAUUUGCUUCAAACAGCAGUUCGACAAUCAGGUCUUUAUCCAGGAUGA